AUUCCCUAAUACGAACCCUAGCAACCGUUUGAUUCACUCAUGUGUAUCUGAAUUUUUUUUUUUUUUUGGUGAUGGCGGAGACAAUCAUUACCUCUGAGACACCAUCUUCUUCGUCCCAAAUGAAUCCAUCGUCGUCGUCGCAUAUAAUCUGCCGGGUAUGUCAAAAGCAAUUUUCACAAUAUACUUGCCCUAGAUGUAACAGCCGGUAUUGUUCCCUUAACUGUUACAAGUCUCAUAGCCUUUACUGCACUGAAUCCUUCAUGAGAGAGAAUGUAGUGGAGGAGCUGCAGCGGUUGCAACCUGAUGACGGAACUAAACAAAAAAUGCUGGACAUACUCAAAAGAUUUCAUUCAGAAGAGGAAAUGGAUAUCAUGAAUGAGGAUGAUGCAACUUUGUCAGAGGAGACUAUCCAAAAGUUUUUGUCUGGAGAUCAACUCAAUUAUGAUGAUUUAUCUGCUGAACAAAAGAAACGUCUCCAAAGAGCUCUGAUUUCCGGGGAGCUGAGUAAGUUUAUAGAGCCGUGGGAUCCAUGGUGGUUGAAACCCUCUGCUAGAACAAUCUCUCUCAGCCUGGAUGGAACCCAACUCGUCCAACCACUUAUCAAACAAGAAACAGUGAUAUCAAAGCAAGAUGAUACAGGAAGUCAAUCACGCGACAUUCCACCUGGCCCUGAAAUCCCACUACCCCCAGUUAGCAAGCUUAGCUCAACUGAGCCAUCCCCGCUAUUAGCCAUUCACCUAGUUGACAUGAUAUAUAGUUACUGUUUCACCCUUCGCCUCUACAAUGGGGAUUGGUUGUCAGAUGCCAUAGGCUCAGCCAUGGUCAUUUUGAGUAUAUCGACUGUCUUGGGACUAGGUGGGCAGCCAGAAACUGUGAUGGAAGCUAUGUCUUAUUGCUUGGAGCAAACUUGCUCUCCUGAUUACAGACACAUGGGUGGCUUGCAGUUUGGCCUUGGUCUUCUCGAUGAUGUCGUAAGCCUGCUCUACCUUGGGGGCUGUGCUUUAGUUUGCUUGCUCUGUGAUCUGCAGAGGCUGAUUCAGGCUGCAGAGAGGGAACUGAAGUUGGAGAAACCAAGAAAGUCAAAAAGAGUGGAAAUAAGGAGUAAGCUCAAACUUGCUGAGAGGAAGACAUUUUUUAUGAUGUGUUGGGUCCAUGAGCAGCCAGCGGCAGCUUGGGCUUCCUUGGGAGCUAUAAUAAAGGCAGAGAAGGGUUCAGCAAUGGAUUAUGGAGGCAAUAAGGGUGGUGCUUUGAAAAUGGAGAACAAAACAAGUAUGAGCAAGGUUAUGAUUGAGGAGAUUUAGUGAGCUGCCAUAUCUUGUGAUUUUGUAUCCAUUUCCCUGCUUUUUCUUUUUUUCAAGUUAACAAAAUGAAAAUCCACUUUCUGCCAUUGCUUCUGGUUAAAUAUACCCAUUUUGGAUGCAAACAAAAAUGCAAAGGAAUCAUUUCCAUUUACAUGUGAUGAAUGCCAAGUAAUGUAAUAUUUCUUUA